AUGAUAGUCAGUUGUUGUUCCUUACCGUGCAUUGUUUACGCUGCAUGUGGGCGCCUUCCUCCUGUUCUAAAGCAUUCGGCUCCUGUGUCCCCCUCCACUAUUUUUUUGCUGAAUUCAUGUCUCGCCAUUUAUGCUCGUAUGACGGGCAUCUUGACGUACUUCUGCUACACAGCUUACCAGAGAGUACGUUUACUAAUUGCCGACUCGGAAAUCACAUCAAACCCUGCGUACAAUUUCGGUGGUCCUCCUGACUCUGGCGUGACUGCAUAUCACGGAUUCGCCCGUGAUGCGGAUUUGCUUGACAUCUCGAAACCGGCGCAGCUGGAUACAAGCCCACCUUCCUUUGGUGGUUCGCCCCGUUUUGGCGGUGGCGGCGUGCUUACACGCAAUCCGGUGGAGGCAUAUCAACCCUAAUUCAGGAUGCACCAUUCUCCCCUAUUGUGAACCAGUCAGCUGUACUGUAUUCCACAAGUCACUCGUCCCCCACGUACUGGACGAAUCUGACUAAGCCACUAUAGUCGAAUCCUAUUGUUAUUAUUAUUCCAGACACACGAUUUGUGAUACAGCGCCCUAUUGAUUUUUGUGCUCGUUUCUUGUCUGUCUGCUCCUUUUUCUGUCGUGUAUCUAUAUUGCAUAACAUUUUCGGUUCACACUAUCGACUGUAACUUCUGUUCGUCUUGCAAGGUGAGGCCUUGUAUACAAAACUGCAGCUCCCUUCCUACUCAAUCCGACCUACAUGUCACGAAUCGUUUUGGCUGUAGAAGGACCAUCAUUUCACCUUUCUGACAAUCAUCAUGGCAUUACUCCUCCUCCGUUUCGCCAACGUAACGAUGUAAAAGUGUCCGUAACCAACUUUUGCUGCGCACUUCUCUGUUUGGUGUUUGUGCUCAUAAAAUACAAUCUAACACUGC